UAGUGUCUGUUCCGUUGCAAGUGGAACGUGACCUGGGCUUCCACGUGGUGUCGGUCACCACUAAUGCGCUUGGCUGCGAGACUCGGCCCUUGCCGUCUCCAAAGUUGCAACGCCUCUCACACACCACCCUUCUUAACACCACGCCCGCCGCGAGCCGCACGCGCAAUGCGACUCCGCUUCCUCCUGCAAUAGCAAGCUACCUGCGGCUCGCUCCCUUGGCUGUCGGCCACCUGGCAGUCUCGCUGCCAAACGUUCCGAAAACGACACGGCAUCGCAUUCCGUCCUCGCCGAUACCCACAAAGUACAGUACACCUACCCCGAUACGAAACGUCAGCCAGCGAGGUCGCACGCCGAGCUCCAGUGGCUGCAGCUGCCCCAGCUCGGCUCUUCAGCGGGCCACCGCACCGCUCAAAGCCACCCGACACACGGCCAGCCCGCCCGCAACGGCCGCCACCACGGAUCCCGAUCCCUCUCGAGGCCACGCACCGCAACCAUGGCCGAGCCGUCGCCCAAGGCCACGCCGAAGCGGAAGCGCGGCCAGGAGCUGCCCAUCACGCCCAUCAAGUUCUCCUUUGACCCAGCCAAGACGCAGCCGGCCGAGGAUGGCGACAGCAGCCCGGCCUCGCGGGUCGCCCACAGGUUCCGCGGCCUAGCGCUCGGAGGCGCUGGUGGGGGCGGGGUCGUUGACGACGACGACGAUAACGACAAGGACAACGACGGACCCCCCGGCGACAACAGCCACCGGGACGGCAGCGACGGAGACGACGACGAUGCCGCCAUGACAGCCAAGAGCAAGCGCAGGCGGCCCGACGAGGACAUGGCGGGUGUCGCCGAGGCGGAGACGACGUCUAGCAAGCCGCCGUCAUCCCAGAGCACCCCAACGUCGGCAGCCUCGUCCCAGAAUGCCCAAGCGUCAGCAUCCUCGCCCCAGACGGCCGCCUGUUUGAACCCUUCCGCGGCUCGCGCGUCGUCGCCUCGGCCCGACGUCGCCUUUGCGUCCACCGAGGCCCCCGACCGUCCCCUGCAGCUGCCCGUCGUCGACGACCACCCCAAGCCCCCGGGCAGACGCCGCGCCGGCACCCCGCCGCUCCGGCUGAAGAGGUCGCCGUCCGCCAAGGGCAAGGCCGCGAGCGCCGCCGCCGACGAGCCGUCCGUCGUGGACCCAGUGCGCGCCGCCCUCACGUGGCACGAGGACGAAAUCACAAUCUACGACCCAGACGACGAGGACGACGACGGGACCGGCAUCAACGGCGUCGGGUUCAAGCCCACGCCGGCGCUGGCGCAGGUCCGCGCCAUGAAGCGCCGCCAGCAGAUGGCCGAGUACCGCAGACGCGAGGAGAGCGAGGCGCGGGCCCGGCGGAGCCAACGACGACGAGGCACCACUCCCACGCCAACGUCGGGCAGCGGCGGCGGCGUGGUCAAGAAGAAGUCGCCGACGCGACGGGUCCGGUUCAUCGACGUCGAGAGCCAAAAGAUUGCCGUGACGACCAUCUAAGGACGCGACGGGGCUGGGCACGGGCAUGAACAUUACGAUGAAUGAUAACAACACAUGAUUUGCAGGCAGGCGUUUGGGCGGCCGGUUGCUCGACGGACGGACGGACGGGCUUGCUGGGCUUUGGCUUCUGGCGUUGCGCGCUGGACAUGGGCAUGGGCAUGGACAUGGAUUCGAUUUCCGGAAAAUCCAAGAGUAAUCCUCAUAGCGCCGCUCCAUGAAUACAUGAAUACAUGAUGCAAUUUCAUUCCCGC